AUGACAGGUGCGCUCGAGGUUCUGUCUCGACUGCGAGCCUCGCUUCCCGAACCCCGCGAUACAACACCGGGCGACAUCAUCCUUGGUCACAUCCUGAUCAUCUUGUCAAUCCUCGCCCUCGUCCCAGCGCCUACCCCGACAGUUCGUCUGUUCCGAGCAGCGCUCGCGCCCCUUCUCUGCGCCGGCUGGGUCUUUCUGAGCUAUGUCCCCUUACUUAGGACACCGCAGGAGCGUUGGGGCAGUUCCAGUAAGUUAGGAUCGUCCAAUGAUGCUGACAGACCAGUCCUCUUCAUUAUGUUCUCCUUUCGCACGUUGGAAAUGCUUAUUCUCUCGCCCCCGGAGGAGGCAAUCUGGCGCGUCCGCGACGGAAGGUCCGAACCUGUGCCGCCGGGCUGGACCUGGACAAAGCUGGAAUGGGCGACAAGCGCCGUAGUGUCCUUGCGCGGCAUCGGCUGGAACUACAGCGCGCCACUGUCUACUUCGCAGCGGAGCCGUCCCUACGAUCGUCACUCCAGCCGGAAAGAGUACAUCAUCAGCCGCAGCAUAUAUGGUCUCAUCAACCUGCUUCUCGAUGACGCUUGUGGUGCGCUUAUGCGGCGAACCGCGGCUGAUUUCUUCAUCACCGACAAUCUCAAGUAUGCCGAUUUGACGCAAUGGCAGCGCGGCUUCUACAGUACCCUCGUUGUGAUGCGCACCGUCUGCAGCCUCGAAUUCACGCAUGUUGGCUUAUCUAUCGUGUUCGUGCUGCUCGGAGGGCUACUUGGUAAGGACGACCACGAGCUGUUGACCCCGUGGGGUUGGCCGCCGAUGUUCGCCAGCCUGAAAGAGAUCUUCUCGCAUCCCGGGCUCUCAUACCUGUGGGCGAGGCAGUACAAUCGCCGUAUGCUGCACAUGUGGGGCUGGGUCUUCAUUGGUGAGACGUUGCUUGGACUCCCUGUGUCCGGCGUUUCCAGUCUCGCCACCAGGGUCCAGAGGCCGGAAGCCAAAAUUCUGCAGGCCGUCUCGGCGCUAAACGACAAGGGCAAGGAGAUCAAGGACAGCAGCGUCGAUGGCCACAAGACUCCAGCAAACGGCAAGACGAACGGAAAGCCGAACGGAGUCGCCCGGCAUGUGCUGUCGGCGACGGACACGCCAAUGUCCGGACGUCUUUCGCCAUCAAACCCGAUUCCUGCAGGGCCGAACGUGAAGGCGAACUUGAUCAAAUCCAUUGUCACGUUCACCCUCUCCGGCGUGCACCACGACUACGGUACGCUUGUCCUCCUCCUGGAUCAGAUCGGGCGCAGCGAGCGCUCUGCCAUCGCUUGGAGUGACGUCUAUGGCGUCACGCCGUUCUUCGUGGUGCAACCCUUUGGACUUGUGCUCGAAGCUGUCGUGAAGCGCCAGUGGCGUGUUAUCAAGAAGAAGCAGAUGGUCAGCGAGCGAGCCGCGUCCUUCAUCGAGUUCGUUCUGGGCAACACCUGGACCUGGGUGUGGCUCGGCUGGACGGCCGGAUGGUACGUUCGUACACUUACCGAGAUCGGCACGUAUCGGGCGUUCCCCAACAAGCCCAUAUUCUCGAUCACAGAGACGGUGUGGGACUGGGCGCACCGAAAGCAUGUAGAAUAG